GUGCCCCCAAAGUAAAGAACGUCCCAGACAAAAUACCAAGCAUUCAAGUUUCACCCAAUCAAAACACAGUGUUUACACUUGAAGUAUACGGAUAUCCCGAACCAACUGAUUUUGGGUUAAAAAUAGAAACUGGACGAUCCACUUCCGCUGUCAACAAAGACAACUAUUCAGUCAAAUAUUUACCACUCAUACCUCCGUUUGGGUUAGUGACCUUGACCAUCUAUGACGCCAACACCAAAGGUACAACUACCUACAUACUCAGUGUCAGAAGUGAGGCUGGCGAAGUUGAAAUGAAGUUGGAAGUUGUCAAAUAUGAACAACCGAACAUAGAAGGUAAAUUAUUUACUUUUUCUUUGAAAAAUUAUAUUUUAUGCUUUUUACAUUUGUUUUAGCAAUUAUUAUUAAUAACUAGUAAAAUUUAUCAUUUUAAAAUACCAUUUUAAACGAUUCAUUGUUAUUUUAGGAGCGUGAUAAUGUAAAUGCUAAUGAAAAUCUAAGAAUUCUCUUUGAGAUCAGAUGUUCCUCCUCCUACAGACCUUUGACCGAAAUCUCCAAUCAACUUUUAUUUACAUCCUUGAAUGCAUGCACUAUUGAGUAACAAAUGAUUUUAUUUAGACAUGCCACACACAUACGGCCUGUGGACCACAUUCGACCGCCAAGGCCACUUGCGUCCCGCGAAGUAGUGAAAUAUUAUUUAUUAUUAUUAUUUUUUUAACAGCUUCCCCCCCCCCUCCCCUUUCUUAUUUUAUUUCGGCUCGCACAAGUCUAAUGGCUUGCCUUACAUUUUAAGUUGUGCCGGCCUGAUCUUAGAUUUUAAAUGUUUCGACAUAUUUUCCAUCAGAAACUUUAUUGUAGUACAAACAUUACUCAACUCUACACGUGUGUAUUCUUGUAUAGCAAAAGAAGAAGGAAAUAAAGCUCUCACCAUAGGCGUUAGUGUCGUGUGUGGUGUUCUUGCACUGUGUACAAUCACCGCUGUUGCUGUCCACCUAAGAAGGCGAAAUGAAUCCAUUAGUGAAAAACAAAACCCUCACCAAAGUUACAUAGGGCAGAAUUUGAAAUCAUCACCCCCUAGCUGGACAUCUGCUAGUAAGAUUUGUAAUAGUUACGAUUGUAAAUUUUUACACAUGACUGCUUCAUUCGUUUACUAAAGUUCGGAUUAAACAAACAAGCAAAUAAAAACACAAAUACUCCUAUUAACAAAAUCAUACAUACAACAUAUUUUGAUUCUACAAAUGGUUAAAUGACCUUUUAAAGCUAAAAGAUAUUGACAUUAAAAAAAAUAGUUCAUUGAAAUCAUUGAAAGCAAUUUAAAAAAAAAAAAAAUUUAACUGAAGUUUAAUAAAAACCGUAACUCAUCUUUCCAUCUCAUAAACAUCUCAAAGUAAUUCUUUAUUACAUUUCAGGCCAGUCCAUCCAAGCAGUACCUGCGUUUAAUAACUACGCCUUCGACUAUCCUCAAACAAAAAAGUCUGACACAGAAUCGAAACACAUUAAUUAUUUUUACGUCGAUCGCAAAAGAUAUACUUAUCCCGAGGAACCACCACCAGAUUAUCCAAUGGAUUAGGAAAAUUAAUUUAAAUAAUGUAUACUCAAAAUUUGAUUUGACUUUCAAAAAUUCAUUACGUGAUUUGGCCUAUUAUAAAGAGAAUCAAUUGCUGCGAGAUGUCAUUUAUACUUCUACCAUAUUUUAGAAGAAAUACAUAAUAACCUCGUUUUUAAUUUUUUAGCAAAUUAUAAUGAGUAUUUCUUUUAUUUUACUGUCGCCUGUGCAUUUUGUAUGAAUGAUUGUUUUUCAAAAAAAAAAAAAUGAUUU